AAACGACGCUUGGCAACCACUAUUUUAAAAAGGAAUAAGAAGAACCGUUUUUGUGUUCAAGCUUGUUCGCUCUGGGUUCGUUUAGUUCGGCCUGGGAAAGUUUUCUUACAUCAUCAACCUCACCGAGGCGGAUAUACCGUGAGUUACUGUUAACUGCGAGCCGAAGAGGGCCACCUUUAAUGUUUGUGUGACUCCAGCUCUCUCCAGGUGGAUUUAGGUCGAAUGUCGCGGGGCUUUCCCGGAUGUUACGGCGGUUUUCGGUCGCUGCUGUUUGCGCUCCAGGUGGCCGCCGGCGCAGAUGAUAGUGACGGGCAGCAGCAGGGUGUUGGGAGCUGGUUAGUGAUAAGAGAUAAACUGGGUGAAAGGCGACUGUCAGGGGCUGAUAAAGUCUGCAAUAACGGUCUAAAAGAGCCCGCAAUGUAGCGACGACAAGCGUCCCUGCUGAGGAUAUGGAGUGCUGAGGGACUCUGCUUCGAGUGGACCGAAUCAGAACCGCGUCGACGCUGUCAGUGAGUCAGUGGUUCUGAAUGUCUCUGUGAGGCAUCAAUAUAAUCAGAUUUGUUAAAUUACUGUCUCACCGCUGGGACAAUGAGGCUUUUAAUUCGCAUGAACAGGAUGCACUUCAAUAAAUUAAAGCUGGCCCAGUCCAGGUUGCUGUGCCUGGAGCACCGGGCGAUCCUUUCAGCUUCCCACCGGAGGAGGAGGCAGUCCGCCGGCCUGAAGACCUCCGCAUGUCCACCACCCAGUCCCGUCCUCUCUGUCCUGUCCUGCAGCGCGUUCACCAGCGGACUCUCUUCCCUCCGUGGACGGACUGUCGCACACACACCUGUUGCUUUUGCCAGCUCGUCGGCGGCCUCCACACCUGCUGAGUCCGCGAAGAGCCAGGCGGACGCGGAGAGCCAGCGGACUCCGACCACCGUCCCUCUGGAUGAUGUUAAACGGAUUCUGGAUCUCGCUCACCCGGAGAGAUGGAGACUGGCAGCCGGCAUUGGCUUCCUCACCGUCUCCAGCGCCGUGACCAUGUCGGCUCCCUUCUUCCUGGGCCGAGUCAUAGACACCAUCUACGCGUCCGGCGCAGACACGGAGACGAUGACGGCCUCUCUGACGUCCCUCUGCCUCAUGCUGACCGGGGUUUUCCUGUGCGGCGGCGCGGCGAACGCUGCCAGAGUUUACCUCAUGCAAGCGUCAGGCCAGCAGAUAGUCCGUAAUCUCCGAGCCGCAGUUUUCUCCGCCGUCCUCAGGCAGGAAGUGGGUUUUUUUGACAAGAACAGGACCGGAGAGCUCAUCAACAGGUUGUCGUCUGACACGUCGGUGGUGGGCCACUCGAUCACGGACAACCUGUCAGACGGGCUGAGAGCCGUCGCUCAGGCAGUGGCCGGCGUCAGCAUGAUGUUCUAUGUCUCUCCCAGUCUUGCGAGUUUUGUUUUGAUGAUCGUUCCUCCCAUCGCCGUUCUUGCUAUCAUCUAUGGCCGAUACCUUCGCUCCAUCUCCAAACGAACACAAGAUGCACUUGCACAAGCGACACAGCUGGCGGAGGAGCGGAUUGGCAACAUCCGGACGGUUCGGGCCUUUGGUAAGGAGCUGUCAGAGGUCGACAAGUACACACAGAAGACGGACUACGUCCUGAGCCUGGCCAGGAAGGAGGCCGUCAUCCGAGCCGGGUUCUUUGGCGUGACUGGUCUGAGCGGUAACCUCAUGAUCCUGUCGGUGCUCUACAAAGGAGGCCUCCUGACGGCCAGCCAGCACAUGACGGUGGGAGAGCUCUCCUCCUUCCUCAUGUACACCUUCUGGGUGGGCAUCAGCAUCGCAGGUCUAAGUUCAUUCUAUUCAGAGCUGAUGAAAGGUUUUGGAGCUGGAGCCAGACUCUGGGAGCUGCUGGACAGGAAGCCUGAGUUUCCUCUAAAUGAGGGACGGAUCCUUUCUCCAGAUCACCUGAAAGGCCAGCUGGAGUUCUCCAACGUCUCCUUUUCCUACCCGACACGGAAGGACGCUCCUAUUUUCCAGAAUCUGAACCUUCUGGUCCCGGCGGGAACCAUCAUGGCCGUGGUGGGGCCCAGUGGCUCGGGGAAGUCCUCCCUGGUGUCUCUGCUUCUCAGGCUGUAUGACCCAGAUGCUGGUACCAUUACUAUAGAUGGCCAUGACAUCAGGGAUCUGAAUCCCUACUGGCUCAGGAAUCACAUUGGGACUGUCAGCCAGGAGCCAGUUUUGUUUUCCUGCUCCAUCAGAGAAAACAUUGCAUACGGCGCCGUCGACCCGGACGCUGUGACCAUUCAGGACAUCCACAGCGCCGCCAGAGUGGCCAACGCCUAUGACUUCAUCCAGAGCUUUCCCAAAGGCUUUGACACUGUGGUGGGGGAGAAAGGAGUGCUGCUGUCAGGUGGUCAGAAGCAGAGGAUAGCCAUCGCCAGAGCUCUGCUCAAGAACCCAAAGAUCCUGCUGUUAGACGAGGCCACCAGUGCACUGGAUGCUGAGAACGAGUUCCUUGUUCAGGAGGCUUUGGAGCGCCUCAUGCAAGGGAGGACGGUGAUGAUCAUCGCUCACCGCCUGUCCACCAUCAAGAACGCCGACUCCGUCGCCGUCCUGGACCAGCAGCGGGUGGCCGAGUGCGGCCAGCCCACGGAGCUGCUGGGAAACAGGCAGGGACUGUUCAGGAAGCUGAUGGAGAAGCAGGCGUUUCUCCAGGAAGAACAGCAGCGAGCGCUUCUCUGAGGAGAGGAAGAGGAGGAGGGGAGAAUCAAAUAUGAGGGAAACUGCAGUUUGAGAACAGAUUUCCUGAGAGCGGAUCACAUUUGUACUGAAGCCGGGAUUCACUUAUUCCUGGACACCGAUUUAAUCUGAGUAAGAUCUGAGGACAAACUUUUUACUCGCUGGAUGUUUGAUUUCUAAACCAAACCCUCCCACGUGCUAUGAAACACUUUGUGUAAUCACUUUAUACAAAUCAGCCAAAAACACUGCUAAAUGUAUAUUUAUGUACUGGUGUCUGAACUUGAAAACUUGAAGCUUUUUACUGCUCUUUUUAGGGCCUAAAUAAAUACAAGCAGCUAUAUGUGGUUUUUACACUGUA